AUGCCUUCGUCUCGGACACUUCGUUCGCGCGCUACGCCUAUGAUGUUGAUUCAACCUUCUGGCCAACCAGCUGCUAACCCAUCCACCAGGUCUGGUCGACUCACACGCGGAGCAACUGCUGGUGUUCCCGCUUCUUCGGUGACGGUUUCGCGCUCACCGCCGAGCUUGGCCGAAGGAUCCAAAAAAUCGAUUCAUUUGACGGUCAAGAUGUCUUCUAGUAAACUUCGCCAGGUAACCAACAGUAGAAGUAGUCGUGGCACUGCGUCUAAUCGCCACAACAUCUUCACCGAUAAUCCGGUUGUUCUUGGAAAGCGUAGUAGCAGAAACACCAGAAAUCUCAAAGAAGAUAGCGAGGAUGACGAUGAAAUAGAUGAAGAGGAGGACGAGGAAAUCGAAGACUCUGAAGAUGCCACCGGCGAAGAUGACGAAGAACUUGACGCAGACGGCGAUCUAGAUAUGGAAGAUGUCACGCCGCAGCCUCCGGUGUCGAAGAGGAGCACCCGGCCAGCUGCAGCUGCGGCCAAGGCUAAAAACAAGGCUGUCAAAUCAGUGGAAGAGAAAGAAAUGGAGCUUUCUCGUAACGACGAGGAAGAUGACGAAGACUUAUCAGAACCGGACAGCGAUGCUGAGGGCGAAGUCGAUGACACCAUGCUGCAAGACGAAGAGAUGGGUGAUGGCGUCGAGGAGGAAGAGGAAGGGGAAGAAGUCGACGACGAAGACGACGACGACGAUGAAGAAGACGAUUUAGGCAGUGAUGAUGACAGUAGCACCCCGGAUUUGACUAAACUGACGAAACGCCAGCGAGGUUCAUUAGGCAAAGACUUUCUACAGCUUCCCAUGGAACCACAAGUCAAAAAACAUCUUACCGCAGAGGAACAUGCGAUGAGACGUGCUGAGAUGGCUCGACGGAGGAAGAAUCUGAGCGAGAAGCGCAAUGAGGAAGAAAAGAUGGACACCAUCAAUCGUUUGCUUAAAAAACAAGCCCCUAAACGACGCGGCCGUAUUCCGGCGACCGAGACUGUCGGAGAAGCUACACCAGACCUCCCAAUCGACUCCGAGAAGCCAGACCCUACCAUGAUACGUUGGGUUAGUGGCCGUGAUGGCUGCAAGGCCUACGUUCCUGAUGAGAUACUAGGUACUCCAUCUGGCCGUCCGUUUGGUGGCUUCUCAGGGGGGAAGCUUAUUGAGGAGGUUUAG